AGCGGCAGGCGACGGGGCUGCUCCUGAGAGUCGGGCUCGCCCACUCCCGCCAGGAUUUAUCCGCUCCGGGAUUUGCGGGCCGCAGAGCUCGAGGAGGCGGCCAGGCAACAGGGACCCCCCAACCCGGCGGGAAUCGAAGAUCCGGGGCCCCGUGCGGAUAUCGGAGGCCCGGGGUCCCCGCGCGUGACCUGACCCGCAGUGUAGACCUGCGGGGUAUGCGAGUCUGGGCGAGAAGAGCCUGUCUCCACUUCUCGCGAGGGUGGGCCUUAUUCCCCCCACCGCGGCCUUCCAUCGGCGGUUUAGAAAACGCGGAGCAACGGAUUUCCGCGCAGCAGGAGCUGAGCGGCGCGCGCCCGCGCUGCGCAUGCUCAGUGCCGCCGCUCCGUCAGGCUCGCGGCUCAGCAGCGGCGAGCUCCCCGCCGCCCCUCAUGGCGGCCCCCGAGACCCUCGGGGGCCCCGUCCUGAAAGAUGUUGUGGCGUAUGUAGAAGUGUGGUCAGCCAGUGGAACAGAAAAUUAUUCAAAGACAUUUACAAAUCAACUUGCGGACAUGGGGGCAAAGGUUUCAAAAACUUUCAACAAAGAAGUAACUCACGUCGUGUUCAAAGACGGGUACCAAAGCACCUGGGCCAAAGCACAGAAGAGAGGCGUGAAGCUCGUCUCAGUGCUCUGGGUUGAAAAAUGCAGGACAGCUGGAGUGCACAUCGAUGAAUCGCUGUUCCCUGCAGCUAAUCCCGAUGAGCACCUACCAAGCCUAAUGAAAAAAAAACGCAAGUGUAUGCAGCCCAAAGAUUUUAUGCCUAAAACACCAGAAAAUGAUAAAAGACUGCAGAAGAAGUUUGAGAAAAUGGCUAAAGAGCUGCAGCAGCAGAAAACCACUGUGGCUGACCACGUCCUAUCUGAUCUGCCUGUCCUGCAGCCUCACCUCAGCUCUGCCCCUCUCUGCUGUCAGCCUUCAUACCUCUGCCAUUUGGCCAUCUUUCCUGCACCAGUGAUAGUGUAUUUGGAAAGAAUUCAGCAAAAUGAUAAUGAUGUUCCUGUUCUCUUGUUUGAAUCUAAUGGCUCCUUGGGGUACAGUCCCACAGUUAAAAUCUGCAGUGGCCACCACAGUGCAGUGGAGAAGAGGCUGCAGGAGAUGAAGGAGAAACGGGAGAAUCUUUCCCCCACCUCUUCCCAGAUCGUUGAAAAGUCUGACGAUAACACCGUUAACGCUCUGUGUGAAGCAUCUUUGAACCUUUCGCAUGAUACUUUGUGUUCAGAGGACUCCUUUGCUGGUGUUCUGCGCUUGUCUUUUGACGACCUUUGUGGGAGCUCUGGAUAUGGGACUCAGCAGAGGAGACUGGGAGGAUUCCUUGACGAAAGUAAAAGCGCUGCGUGUGCUUCCUCAGCUGUGUUGAAAACGAGAAGUGUCCGUCCGCCAGCAUCUCCCGGGCCCCUUGGUCAGUUAACCCUUCACCAGCCCCCCGGCAGCCUUUCCAAGGGAGACACCCACCGGCAGAGGGUUGCUGCAGGCCAAGUCAUCACCCCCGACGUGAAGCCAGCACGGGAGCCGGCUGAGAGGGUGUUUGAUGAGAAGAGGGGCCUGUCUCCUACGCCAUCUGUAACAAAUGAGCCUGCCGGGGGCCCUUCAUGUCCCCAGAGCCCCUCAGCCACGAGAAGAAGGGUGUCGGCGAACUCCAGUCCACCCCCGGAGGAGAGACUGAGCAAGAGGCGGUGCCUCGGGUGGCCCCCCACGCCCCGGCUACAGCUGGAGAACAGCCCGAAGUGUGCGAGCAGCUCUGCCGUGGAGACUCUGGGCCGCGGGGAGUCCUCGUACGAUGAUUACUUUUCUCCCGAUAACCUCAAGGAGAGGGACUCGGGGAGCCUCCUUCCCGGGGUGCAGCCGCCCGCCGGCCCUGCCCUGCUCCACUGCAUGAGGAGCCUUUCCAGGAGAGAGAGGACCAGCCUCCUGGAAAGGGCUGACUUCUCCUGCAUCGGCAGAAGCCCCAGGUCAGCCCGUGGUACCGACUCAACGGUGAAGGCUGGCUUCCGUCUCCAGAAGCCUGCAAACUACGGAGCUGAUCCGGGCUUGAGCAGCGUGACUUCUAAGGAAACGCCUGCUGCUGAAGGAACCCCAGGGGACUGUCCCCGGGCCAAGGCUCGGGGAGGGGGAGACGCCCGCCCGGGCGGGAGUGACUCUCCCCAUACCCUCAACGGACUCACUCUUCAGAAGGGACUUCGAGGUGAUUUUACUUCUUUAAAAGGAAGCAAUAAAGAAGUAAAAGGAUGGAUUGACAUAAAAAGCACACAGAAAGAAGAUACUCCUUCUAAAAUGGUGAAUUCCCCUGAAAGUGAAGCACAAAGUGAUGAUAAGCUAAACUUUGUAGGCGACUGGGAUGUGGAAAAGUCUGCAGAGGCAAUGGAAGAGUUACCCCGAGGAUGUAGUGAAAGUGUUAAAAGAGGACCAGCAAGGCAUGAUGUUUUGGAUGGCUCAUGGGAAGCUUCAAGGAUCUCGUCAGACCUCAUGAGGAAUCAAGGAAGAGAGAGAAAGGCCAGAAGCCAACAAGAACAUUAGUCAUGACAAGCAUGCCAUCUGAAAAGCAGAACGUGGUCAACCAGGUUGUGGAUAAACUGAAGGGCUUCUCCUUGGCCGGGGAGGCGUGUGGCUGCCCCAUGCACGUGCUCGCCAGGAAGCCCCGCCGCACCCAGAACGUGCUGCGGGGCAUCGCAAGCGGCUGCUGGAUUCUCUCCUUCGAACGGGAAAAGUGGAGCUCGUGUUAUUUAUGAAGAUGUUUGGACUUCACAUUUAGCUACACUGGUGGAAUGCUGGGUCACCCUGCUCUCUACUUAGCAGGAUGUUAAAAGUAGCUAACCAUGAGCAGUGAAGCUCUGAAAUCCAAGAAUCAUCCGUUUUCAUUUCUGCAGCCUGAAAAGAUGGAGUAAAGCAUAAGCGGAACAAAUCUGACUUGAAUGCCUGCGUGUGAUAUAGCCAGACUUGUUUGUAAGAAGGUACUGUGGUCUUUGGAAAUGGGUCAUUGAAUUUCCGAGGAACCGUUUGAAGAGUCAGACUACUUCCCUGCAGCUCCUAUUCAGUCACUCAGCACAAGGUCUUUGCCUCAGAGAACCGCCCGCUGCUGCCGUGAAGGGGACACCGCUCAACCCGUGGCUGCUGCUAACAGCCCGCCCCGGCGUCCUCGGACGCUCAAGUGAGGGGAGGGGUGGACGCAGGAAGGAUGCCUUUCUCCACCGUCACGUCUGCCGCCUGUGUGUUGUGGUUUUCACGUGAAGAAAGCUCCUCUGUGUGGCUUUCUGAUGCCUGAGUGUGUCUCAGAGGAGCACUGACCCGCCCUGUUGGGCCUUUUCUCUUAAAGCCAGUCUGUGUGUCCUAGUUACGAUCAUAAUUGAGAGGUCCCAGAACCUCUGUCACUGAAGAGCCAUACUGUAUCAUCUACCCGGUGUGAAGGAUGUUGGUCCGUUAUCACCUUAUGUACCUGAGAUUCUUCUCAAAAUAAUAAUGAGGACAGGUGUGAGGAGCCGCAGUUAAUGAUAAUUAGCAGCAUCAAAGUAGCCCCGCUUCUGCAAGCUUGGUUUCUGGUGAGGAGAGCCUCACCCACAGGAGACCAGGGCCUCUGCAGGCCACCAGGAUGCUCGCCAUCCCCUGCAGGAAACGGGCAUUCGGGCCAAAUCGUACACACGCUGGCCGGUCACCUUGUGUAGGAGAGAGAUGCUAAAUCCCAGCAGGGCCGAAGGUGCCAGUUAGACUCCCUCGUGGUACUGUUCCCUCCGUGUUGCUUAUCUGUCACUCAUCUCAGCUGCUAUUUCUACCUCAAAUAAAUGUCAAGUCCCUCAGCAAAUAUGAGGGAUCAACUUCUAGAAUAACCCUCCUAGAAGGGCAGUAACGAUGCACGUGGAAAUAAUGAAGGGUUUUCUCUUGGUGUUAACAUAACGUAUACCCCAAGUCCCCUCAUAAUACUCCUGCCUCAACAAUGUUGAGCCUCAGUGCAGCUCGGCAGGCCGGAGGCCUUCCUCCCACCUUGUAAAUCCCGUGUCACUACACCCACUGCCUCCUGGGCUUGGCGACUUUGAGGCUCAGGCAUCAAUACUAUGGCAGAGCUCCCAUCGCACCAAAAGUUCCCGAGGCAGCUGACAAAACUGUGCUGACUCCCGGUGGAGACAAGCCACAAAGAACUCCAUCCCACGGCCACAUCAGCCACCGAGUGCCACGCAGGUCACAUGUCCACCCAGGCCUGCAUCCUCACAGCUAAGAUUCCUGAUGCCAGCCUGCCAGGAGCCACUGAAGAUUCUCUCUCUAAAAGCUAAUCUCUUAUGAGCACACUGAUUUGUGCCUGGCUUUAAGCAUUUUCUAUGUGGUACCUCAUUUAAUCCUACCAACAAGCCUAAAAGUUACUAGAGAUUUGCAACCCCUUACCCAAAACACAUACGGCUAAAAGUGUCUCAGAAUUCUGAACUUUUUUUUUUUUUUUAAUUUUGAAAGGUAUGUGGCUCUCACCACUUCUAUUCAACAUUAUAUCAGAGAUUCUACUGAGAGAAGAAGGCCAGGAAAGGAAUUAAGGGCAUACAGACUGGAAAUGAAGAAGUAAAACUAUUCUCAGAUCACAUGAUACUAUAUGUAGAAAAUUAUAAGGAAUUAAAGAAAAAAGUAGAUUAAGCAUGUUUAGCAAGAUUACAGAAUACAAAAUCUAUAUACAAAGCUAACUGAAUUGUGUUUCUAUAUACUAUCAAUAAACAAUUCAAAAAUAGAAUUAAGAAUACAAUUCCAGUUACAAUAUCAUGUAAAAAUAAAUAGGAAUAAAUUUAACAAAAGAAGUAUAAGAUCUGUAUACUUAACAAAACAUUUCUGAGAGAAAUUAAAGUUCUAAAUAAAUGGAGAAAUAUACCAAGUUUAUGGAUUAGAAGACUCAAUAGAUGGCUAUUUUCCUCAAAUUGAUCUACAAAUUCAAUGUAAUCAUCAAAAUACCAGGUAGAUGUUUUUAUAGACCUUGAAAAGCUGAUGCUAAAAUGUAUAUGAAAAUGCAAAGAACCCCUAGUAGAAAAAAGUAACUUCUUUAGAAAAAGAAAGUUGGGGGAUUUAUACUACCUGAUUUCAAAACUUAUUGGCAUAGGGGUAGACUACAGAUCAAGGGAAGAGAAUAGAGACUCUAGGUAUAAAUCAUAUUUAUGGUCAAGUUGAUUUCAAAACAGGUGCCAAGUCAAUUCAACGCAGCAGGAUAAAACAAAACAAAAAACAGAAAGCAGCACACUUACAUCCUUAUCACACUUACGUCCUUACCUCACACACAAAAAGAAAAUGCACACGGAUCCCCACCUCACACCAUACACAAAAGUUAACUCAAAUGGACCAGAAACCUAACUUAGGGUUCCUCAACCUCAGCACUAUUGGCAUUUUUGGACCAGAUAAUUCUGUGCUGCAGGGGCUGUCCUGGGCAUCACACUAUGUUUGGCACCAUCGCUGGCCUCUGUCUAUUAGAUGCCACUAGCACACCUCACCCAGUUGCGACAGUCCAGACUGUCUUCAGAUACCCCCAAAUUUCCCCUGGAGAGCAGAACCGUUCCCAGCUGAGAACCACUGACGUAAAAUUAUAAAAUGUCUAGAAGAAAACAUAGCAAGAAAUCUUCUGAAAGGUCAAAGAUUUUUUCAGGUAGGACACUAAAGGCACAAUUCAUAAAAACAUAAAUUGGACCUCAAAGUUUUAAAAAGUUUUGCUGUUCAAAAGAAACCAUUAAGAAACUUAAAAGACAAGUCAGAGACCAGGAAAAAUAUUUGUGAAGCAUAUAGCUGAUGAACUGUAUCCAGACUAUGUAAAGAACUUUUAUUCAUUAACAAGAAGAUAAAGAAUGGGCAAAAGGCAUUUCACACAAAAACAUAUAGAAAUGAUUAAUAAGCACGUGAAAAGAUGCUCAACAUUAUCAGUCAUUAGAGAAACGCAAAGUAAGAGCACAAGGAGAUGCCACUACACACCCUCGGGCAUGGCUGCAGCCGACAGUUCUGACAACACAAGAGUUGACCAGCAUGUGGAGAAUCUAGGACUCCCAUGCACUGCUGGUGUGGCUGCAUCAUUUUGCAGUUUGGUUUAAAAACGAAACAGACGCUUGGCAUAUGACGCAGCAACUUCACUCCUAGGUAUGUACCCAAGAGAAAUGAAAAUGUGCCUGCACGAGGACUUGUACGCUAAUGUUCACAGCAACGUUAUUCACACCAGCCAAAAGCUAGAAGCAAUCCAUCAACUGAUAAAUGGAUACCCAAAAUGUGCUAUAUCCAUACCAUGGAUUGCUCCUCAGCCAUAAAAGGGAGCAAACAACUGAUACAGGCAACAACCUGGACCAACCCCAAGAACACGGUAGUUGAAAGAAGCCAGACACAAAAGACUACAUAUCGUAUGGUUCCAUUUAGACAAAAUUUCUAGAGGAGAUAAAAUUAUAGAGACAAACAGAUCACUGGUUUCCUGCUGCUGGUGGUAGAAGUGGGAAUAGACAGCAGACAUUUUGGAGUGUUGGAGAUAGUCUAAAACUCGAUUGUGAUUUUAGUUGUAAAACUGUAUACAUUUACUAAAAUCGUUGAACAGUACACUUGCCAUGGGUAAAUUUUUAUGGUGCAUGCAUGAAUUAUACACCAAUAAAUUAAAAAAAAAAAAAAAA